AUUUUCACAGCUACGGAAAGUGUAAGGGGACAAUUCUGCGUUUUGAGGAAAGAAUUGUCUGUGCGUACCUACUGAAACAUGGCAGCACAUUUGAAGAAGCGAGUGUACGAGGAAUUUUCAAAAGUCGUUCAGAUUCCUCAUGAAGAAGCUCCGGCCAAGAAGCUGCGUCUGUCCAAACCCAGCAAGUCUGCUGCGCUGCACGUUGACCUCUGCAAAGCCACCAACUCCACCGACGCGCUGCAGUACCUGCUGCAGUUCGCACGCAAGCCCGUGGAGGCGGAGAGCGUGGAGGGCGUGAUCCGGAUCCUGCUCGAGCACUACUACAAGGAAAACGACAACUCUGUGAGGCUGAAGAUCGCUUCUCUGCUCGGUCUGCUGUCCAAAACCCGGGGCUUCAGCCCGGACUGCAUCUUUGAUGACGCCAUCAACACCCUCAGCAAUGAGAACUCCCAUCAAGUCCUCGCUCAGCUGUUGGGCACUCUGCUGGUCAUCGGGACUCAACUGCCAGAGAGUCCUGCAGUCAGACUGAGGCUGACCGAGGUGGCCUGCAAGCAUCUGUCUGAUACGCACUUCGGGGUGAGGAACAAAUGUCUGCAGCUGCUGGGAGGUCUUGGCGUGGCGGACGCUCCUCUGCUUAAAGACGGCGAGGGAUCGAGCUCGUCUUCAGGAGCUGUGAGAGAAGUUCAGACCAUCAUCAGCGAUUACUUCGCAGACCAGGACCCCAGAGUCCGCACCGCAGCCCUGAAGGCCAUGCUGCAGCUUCACGAGAGAGGAAUGAAGAUCCAUCAGAUCAUCUAUGAGCAGGCCUGCAGACUUCUGUCGGAUGAUUACGAGCAGGUUCGCUCUGCAGCGGUGCAGAUGGUUUGGGUUCUCAGUCAGCUGUAUCCAGAAAGCAUCGUGCCCAUCCCAUCGUCCAAUGAGGAGAUCCGGUUGGUUGAUGAUGCGUUUGGAAAGAUCAGUCACAUGGUCAGUGAUGGUUCCUGGACGGUUCGGGUGCAGGCCGCCAAAACUCUGGGCUCAAUGCUGCAGGUCAGUCCUCACUUCCUGGAGCAGACUCUGGAUAAGAAGCUGAUGUCAGACCUCCGGAGAAAGAGGACGGCCCACGAACGGGCCAAAGAGCUUUUUGCCUCAGGAGAGUUCUCCUCCGGCAGGAAGUGGGCCGACGACGCCCCGAAGGAGAAACUGGACACCAACACGGUCAGCCUGAUCGCCUCGGGGGCCUGCGGCGCCUUCGUUCACGGUCUGGAGGACGAGAUGUUUGAGGUGCGCAUCGCGGCGGUGGAGGCGCUGUGCCAGCUGGCUUGCUCUUCACCCAGCUUUGCUGAAAAGUGCCUGGACUUCCUGGUGGACAUGUUCAACGACGAAAUCGAGGAAGUGCGGCUGCAGUCCAUCCACGUGCUCAGGGAGAUCUCCACCCACAUCACCCUCAGAGAGGACCAGCUGGACACCGUCCUCGCUGUCCUGGAGGAUUCAUCCAGAGACAUCAGAGAAGCUCUCCACGAGUUGCUUUGUUACACCAACGUGUCCACCAAAGAGUGCAUCCAAUUGGCUCUGCUGGAGCUGCUGAAGAACCUCAACAAGUACCCGACCGACCGCAACUCCGUCUGGAAGUGUUUGAAGUUUCUGGGCUCUCGUCACCCGACGCUGGUGCUGCCGCUGGUUCCUGAGCUGCUCAGCACUCAUCCGUACUUCGACACGCCGGAGCCCGACAUGGACGACCCGGCCUACAUUGCGGUUCUGGUUUUGGUUUUCAACGCCGCCAAGUCGUGUCCGACCAUGCCAGCGCUGUUCUCUGACCACACCUUCAGGCACUACGCCUACCUGAGGGACAGCCUGUCCCACCUAGUUCCUCCUCUCAGGCUGCCAGGCAGGAAGCAGGUCUACAGUCUGGACUCCGUGGACUCGGAUGCUGGUUCUGGUUCUGUGGAGUCGGCCCAACUCUUCCUCCAGCAGAGCCUUCACAGAGUCAGUACCAUCCAAAACCUGGAAACCCCUGGAGGUCAGGACCUGCUGGACUUCACCAUACGAGACCUGCAGCGGCUCGGAGAGCUGCAGACUGAACUCGCUGGAGCUGCGGAUUUCUGCGCCACGUACCUGCGCUGCCAGCUGCUGCUCAUGAAGGCUCUGCAGGAGAAGCUGUGGAACACGGCCGUCCCUCUGUGCCUCAAACAAAACGUCACGGCCACGGCCGCAGCUCAGCAGAUUGUGGAGGAAACCUACAAACUGGAGUUUCUCUACAGCGGCUUGGAGAACCGGCAGGUGGCCACCAUCCACCACGUCCGACUGCAGGCCAAAGCUCUGCAGCUCAUCCUGACGGCUCGCACCAGACAAGGACUGGAUCCUCUGGUCAGCAGCGAGAAGUUUCUUCAGGAAGUGGAAUCUUUUCAGAGGCAGUUCUUGCCGGAGCUGCCCCACCUCCAGGACAGCUUUGCAGAGAAGCUGCUGGAGCUGAUGCCCCGCUUGUCGUCCUGCAAGCCGGUGGAGCUGGUGAAGAUCCUGCAGGCCACGCUGAGGCAGAGCGGCGUGCCGCAGCUCCGGCUUCCUGAACGGAUCCACAGAGCGACCGCCACCAUCAUCGAGCCCACCGGGGAGUCGGACAACCCGCUGAGGUUCACCACCGGCCUGGUGCUGGCGCUGGACAUCGACGCCACGCUGGAGCACGUCCAGAACCCGCAGAACACGGUGAAAGUGCAGGUUCUGUAUCCAGACGGCCAGAGUCAUGUGAUCCAUCCCAAACCCGCCGACUUCAGGAACCCCGGACCCGACCGGCACCGACUCAUCACACAGGUGUACCUCUCUCACAGCGCCUGGACAGAGCCCUCACAGAUUGAAGUGCGCCUCCUGCUGGCCUACAGCUCCGCCUCCUCCUCUCCCUCCAAAAGUAUGACGGGAUGGAGCGACAGCUUCGACGGGCCGCCGCCCCCGGAGCCCGCCGUGGAGGGAACCAUUCCGUUCAGCAAAGCCGUUAAAGUUUACAUCAUGCCUAAACCUGCCCGGCGCUGACCUGACAUUCUCCCCGACCCGGAUCGACCCAACAGAACCCUCUGCCAUGUUCACCUGUAGAUAAUAAAGUAUUUGUACUGCAGAGGAAACUGAGACGUGCA